AUGAAUUCAGAGGCAAAUAAUUUGAGAAAGGCAGCCAAGAAAACUAAUGAUGAGAUUAUUUAAGAAAUUAUUGACUCUGGAAACAAGAAUGAGUUUGAUUUUAUUCGGUAAGUAUGGGAACCAAAUGAAACAUCUACUUCUGCUUCAAUUGAAUCAUCAUCCAGUGCUGGAUAUGUCAAAAAGAUCAAAAUUGGAUCCUACAUCAAUAAAUUCCUCGAUAGUUAAUUGCAACCGUAGGUUUAUUACAAAUUGAAAGAAUUGUAUUGA